AUGUCUCUGAACCAGUACAUCGACAAGAAGGUGACUAUCAUCACGGCCGACAGCCGCACCUUGAUUGGCACCCUCAUCUCCGCCGACAACCAGACCAAUCUCGUCCUCCAGAACGCCGUCGAGCGCGUCAUCCGCCCGGUCGAGGACCCAGAGCCGUCCGUGGAGGUGCCCCUCGGGCUCUACAUAGUCCGCGGCGACAACGUCUGCCUCGUGGGCGUCGUCGACGAGGAGCUUGACAAUUCCAUCGACUGGACGGCCGUCAAGGGCGCCCCCAUCGGCGGCAUCAAGCACUCAUAG